UGCUGUGUAAGGGAAUUUUAUUCACAUGCUCCCCCAACCUCCCAUGCAUAACAUUAUAUUUGUUAUGCUACUCAUGAUUUUAUUCAGGAUAAUAAGGAUAUUAUUCUCAAAGUCAUGAAUGUCAUUCAAUACCUUAUACACCACCCAAGAGGAAUGGAUGCCAAAGCUUUCCUCUUCUUCCUUUCCUUUGUGUCUCUUGUCUCCUUUUCCACAUCUUCAACUUGCUUUGUUAACGAGAUAAACAAUUACUUUAAGCAGCGUGAUAAUGCAUCUCAGGACGUCCUUGCCCUUGUUAACAGCAACUUUAUAGCAGCUGUGGGCUCCAACACCACCAACAUAAAUGGAAGCUACUCUACAGAAGCCCUUUAUUCUGCUAUUGCGAAUGCUAGCAAUGUAACAAAGUCUGAGAAAGGAAUGAAAAACUUUAACAAUGCUCUAAACGAGAUAACCAACUCUUACUUUGUUGCAUGUGAAGGCAGUGACCAGCAAUUUGAUAAUACUAUGAACACUUUGAAGCAGUUUUUAGAACAUGUUAUGAACUUUACUGAUGGAAAAAGUGUAAGAGAAGACUAUGGCAAGCUGCUCUGCAGCCAGAAGCAGUCUGGUAGGAUACUUGAUGUCUCCAAGUCGACUAACAAGCAAAGAAGAUCGACCAGCACCUCUGUUCUUGAUUGUGCCUCUUCUCCAACUAUUCAAGAGCUUCAAGAUUGUUUGGAUCCAUUUGAUGUUUGGCCGUGCAUAUUCAACAUUGAUCCAACAAGAGGUGAUUGUCCACAGUCAACUACUCAGACUCAAGCAAGGAACUGUCUUGCAUUUGUUGUGGACACUACUGGUAGCAUGGCUGAUGAGAUUGCUGCAGCAAGACAAAUCAUCCGCCAGUUUAUCCAAAGCGAAGAAAACAUACUCACUUUCUGUUAUGUCCUUGUUGCUUUCAAUGACUACAAUGCUCCAGGUUACGUAUCAAAUCUAGAGUUUUAUAAAAUUUAUGAUGCCCACUAUACCAGUAAUGAUCCCAACUCACAGAUUGGGUUCAGUGUGAACAAAGGAGGCACACCAGUCUAUGGAACUGAUGUCCUUUUAACAGAUGUUGACUCCCUUGGGGCACACGGAGGCAAUGACUGCCCAGAGUACGGAAUGAUUGGCAUAUUGAAAGCAAUAGAGCUAAUCAAUAGUAUUGACAAUCCUUAUAUCAAGGAGGCCGGGAAGCAUAAUGUCAUAGUGUUAACAGAUGCAUCAGCUGCAGAUGAUGAACUGUAUCCUUAUGUCAUUGGGAAUGCAACAAUACCUGAUGGUCUUGAUAUUACGGUUCAUUUCUUCUACAGCAACGAAAAUGGGUGUACGCAUCCUGCAUCAAUUGUAUAUGGAUAUGGUAACUAUCCAGCUAUAUCAAAUGCAACAUGUGGAUUUGCUGUUCACUCGAUAACCACACAAGCUUUCAAACAGUUUGCUAGCUACUUAUACAAGGCACAGCAGGAUGCCGGCUAUGGCUUAGACACUUGUGUUGCUGGAAGUCAAGCAGCUCAAAGCAAUCCUUCCAUCAUCAACCCUCAAAACGUCUCUAGCAAUAAUUGUGCUCACUUUAACAUUUCUGUGCUUGCAGGGAGCUUUGCUGUUCUGCUUCAAGGAAGUACAUUAAAUCCAGUACUAACAGUAACAUUUCCUAAUGGUACAGUGGAAUCCAUUAGUGUUCAAGGAGACUUUACUGUCUAUCAGCAGAAUCACCCUCUGCAAGGUCAAUGGAACAUGUGCCUCUCUGCAGGUGAUGUAAUAGACUUUUCUCUCUCUGUUGACAUGGAUAUUGAAAUUGAUGUGAACUAUGUUGUUUCUGAUGAACAAGCACAAAAACUGCACCCAACAUCAGACCCUCCUUAUUCAUGUGAUACAGUAAGUGUCAUUCUUCAGACUGCACAGCUAGCAAAGAUAGAUUUCAAUAAAUCACUUUCACUUGAGCUGGUUCAUGUCAAUGGUACUAUUGAAGGAGAGAAGGCUGAGCUAUCAAAGUGCAGUGAUGCCAUCAUAGGUAGCUUUACUGUACCAAAGACAGCCUCGCCAUUGUUUUAUCAAGUAGAGGGGACUGACAUUGGGGGCAUUAAGUUCAAAGAGAUAAUAUCAUCUAAAACAGUAUCAUUUCCUAAGUCAGACGUAUCCCUGAUGCCAUUGAUUGACUCUGAAUCAGUCUUAUUAUCUCCUGAUGGGGAAACUGUGUUUGAAUAUCAGUACUCACUCCUGACAGAGAGAAUACAGCCUGUUCCAUUGCUUACACAAUGGAUCCUUCAAUCUAAUAAUGUUUCACUUCGUCAGAGUCUACCAACAAAAAGCUCCAUUCGUAACAGUCAGCAUGCUCACAUAAAGUUUGACAAUUUGAAUGAUUUACUAAACACUACCGGUCAAGAAAUAAACUGGACUCUAAUAGCAACAGAUGAAUGCAACAACAAUAAAGAGCAUACCUUCUCUGCUCCAGUUACUGUUCUCCCUCCUUUAGACCUAAGUACCUCUAUUUCAUGCACAGCAGAUGUUAAUGUUGAUUGGAAUAGUCUCAGUAAUGAUACUGGUCUUGACUUGCAUUAUAAUGCAUCAUUGGAAUAUAAUAAUGGAACAACAGUGCAGCAUACUUAUCUAUCCCAGCCUGGGCUUGUUAUAAGUGAUCUCUUGUUUAAUGAGACCCUUCAAGUGCGCAUCAGUGCUGGAUACCAGAGUGGUAAGAUUAUAUAUAAAGAGCCAUAUGACAUAAGGAAUAAUGCAGAUGUUCCAAGUCCUCCAAAAAGUCUAAUGGGCAGGGACAUUACUCCUAAUUUUAAUACUUACACUGUUGAGUUGGAAUGGCUGCCUCCUGACUGCUUGAAUAGCAAGAACAGCAUUAACUACACCAUCUACCAUAAAGAGGAGCAGCAACAAAACUGGAUAAAUACUACAGUAACAGUUGAAGAGGGAGGCCAGGGCACUACUGGACUGAUUAUAAAGAACAUAGAAGUCUCAGGUCCAGGAAAUCACCUUUUCAAAAUAUCAGGGAUUAAUGAAGCAGGGUUAAGCAUUGAAUCAAAUGAGGCUAACGUUACAGUUAGUGCAAUUGAUAAUGACCAAGGGGAGUCCACUGUAGUAAUUGUCACUGUUCUUGUUCCAGUCUGCAUAAUUAUAGCACUUGGAACUGUAGGUACUCUUAUAGCGUUUGGAGCUAUUUACUUUAAAAGACAGAGUAAAAGGAAGAGGAUGGAAGAAGCAGACUAUCAGUUUGAAGAAUAUAACAAGAAUGAUUUCCAUGACAAUGAAAAUGAGUAUUUAGAUGAAGACAAGAUACAUCUUUACUCAGAUCCAGAAAAAGAGGCUAUGACGUCAGCAGAGCAAAAAGAAUGGAAAGUAGAACGGCCACAGUUUUACUACUAAAAUACUAAUUGCUACAAAUUUAUUGUUAUUGUGCCUGUAUUUAUUAUUAGCCAGUAAAUGUGUAGAUUGUGUACAGUA